AUGAAGUUCGCUACUCUCCUCGCUUUCACCUUCACCACAGCUGUGGUGGCCGCUCCCACCAGUGAGGAGGGUCUUGUCACUCGACAAAACGAUGUGACAGACCAGAUUUUGUUCAGCAUCACUCUUCCGGCAUUUACUACUCGCCGAAAUGCAAAGAACCCCCCUACGCUAGAUUGGUCUUCAGACAACUGCUCCUGGUCUCCUGACAACCCUUUUGGAUUUCCAUUUGAGCCUGCUUGCUACCGUCAUGACUUUGGAUACCGCAACUACAAGAAGCAAACCCGCUUCACCACGGCCAAUAAAUUGAAAAUCGAUAAUAACUUCAAGAAAGAUUUGUAUUACCAAUGCAAGAGCCAAAGCCUCAAAUCUGUUUGUGAAGCUCUCGCCAAUGUCUAUUACGAGGUAGUUCGGAGAGUUGGAAAGCAAGCGGCCUCCUCGUUGGCCAAUGCCAAAUUGGAUGAUGACUCGUCCGCUUAUGAUGCUGCUGUUGCCAAAUACGAAGAGGAGGUAAAGAAGGCUCGGGAAAGGGGUGACCUUCCCGCCGAGUAUGUCCAGAGUCUUCUAGACACCAUUAAGCAGCACGAGGAGCAGUCGGAUGGCAGACCUCCAACACACCCCCCUCAAUCCAGCCCAUCAGCAUCUCUGCAAACCUCUCCUGCGCAAGCUUUGACUACGACUGAGGGAGCAGCCCCUGAAAAUAUUGCACACAGCAUUCAUGGAGACUUCUCACUCAGCCCAGCUACCGAGCUGGCCCCCGGGCCUGCUUUCGAGUCGCGUGUGAGAUCAAUUAUGCGAGAACAUGUGGGCCACUAUUGGGGUUCCGGAAGUUCGACUGAUGCCCCUAGCCUCGUGGUUGAUUCGAUUGCAGAGAGCGGCUCUGGCAGUCGUUGGCGGAACACAACGGAGCUGGUCAAUGAUACAGCACAACCUGUGUUCUUAUCGAAGACUGAGUCCCAUAGGCUUUUCGAUGUUUUUGUGUCUCUGAUGGGCAUCAAUCAGCAUUUUCUUGAUCCACGAAGCUUUGCGGAUUCGAUUGAUUUGCUGUACACAAACGAAGCUGUGCGGAACGCGCAGAUGCAAACCAUGUGGUUCACACACUACCUGCUGGUUAUGGCUAUGGGGAUGCUAAUUGGGUCUCCGAGUGAUAAUCUGGAGACGCCUCCUGGAAGUGCCUACUUCGCAGAGGCCAUGAGAAGACUUCCUCCAUCACAUGAGCUGGGUGCCCACGGCAUCACCUCCGUUGAGAUACUCUGCCUGGCAAGCUUGUAUCUUCAGUGGACUGACCGGAAACAUGACGCAUACCUAUAUAUUGGAAUCGCCGUCCGCUUGGCGGUAGCAUUGGGGUGCGCUUUACCCCGUGACGAACAAGAAGGUCUCUCUUCUGAGAAAUGUCAUCGCAAUCGCGUUUGGUGGACGACAUACAUGCUUGACCGUCGUCUCUCUGCUGGUCUUGGUCUGCCGAUGGGGGUUGAUGAAAGGCAGAUCAGGGCAGAUCUACCAAAGCCGGCAGCUGGUUUCCAACCUCCACUCCCACUUAUCAUUAAUAUUCAAAUCGCUCGUGCUACUGGAGAAAUUAUGACCACAUUUUAUGGAAACACCUCCAUCUCACAGGUCGAACUUGUUAGGAGGAUACAGAAUUUGCUCCAAAGCCUCCAUGAGACUGGGAGAUCCAUCCCCGCAAACUUUGUAAGCGAAUUUGAGAGUUCACAUGGCAACGUGAGCAGGACGAAUGCAUCGCUCUACCUCAUGCUCUUUCAGGCUAUUAUUCUUUGCAUUCGGCCUGUGAUUCUUCAAUGCGUCAAGGAAAAAGUGCAAGCAACAAAAGAAAACCGCCAGCCAGCACCAAUAUCACCCAUCAUUAGUAGGCUGUGCUCUUCUUGUAGAGAAGCUGCAAGUAAAAGCAUUCGGAUUCUGUCCAAGCUAAGAGAAGACAGAAGUAUUGCUCUAUUUGGAUACUUUGAUUUGGAUGCAACAUUUUCAGCCGCUUUCAUUCUGGCCAUGAUGGGUCUGGUAGAGGGAUAUGAAGAGUCACGACCACCAGAGGGACUGAGCCAAUCUGCCAUGAUCCUAAAGUAUUUGGGCAAAGCAGGAAACAAGGCCGCCGAACGGAGGUUAAACGAGCUUAGGCAGUUCUGCCUUCAUGUCUGGACUCCUGAAAAGCUAUCCGGAGAGUGGAAAUGGCUUAGGGAGGAGAAGGCAACAAGAGUAAGCGUGUCGAACCCCGUGGGAGACCCUGGAAGCGCAAGCGAUACCACACCCUCAAAUCCAAACAACAACAGUGACCCAGCAGCCGGAACUUCUCUUGGGCCUGGAAUGUGGACAACGUGGAAUCAGAUGACCCCAACAGGAGAAUCGGACGCCGCCCUGCUCAACUUUGAUCAAUUUGAUGAUUUUCAGAUCGAUCUCAGCCAUGAGAUGGGCGAUAUCUACUCCAGUUUCAAUGAUCCUGCCUUACCCCUGACAGGCAUUGACGAGGUGGACUGGGCGGAGGUUGGAAAAAUGUUCCAUCUUAGAGACUAA